AUGUCUUCCACAAAAGCCAGCGCCAAAAAGCGAGCGUUGAAUUCUGACGUCUCAAAGUCGGGAAAAAAAUUGCGGGUUGAAGAAGAUGAUCUUUUCGAUCCAGAUCUUUCUAGGAAUGUUGAAAUUCGCAGUGAUCUCAAAGGCAUUAUGUCUGCGCUGCAUCAGAUCAGAGAGAAAUCUCAGAAGGAUGGACAGAAGAAGAAUGAAGAGACUAUUUCUAGUUUGUCCACGGAGAUGAAGUCUAUGAUAGAUGAUUUGAAGUCAAAACUUGAGAAGGAAAGACAAAGUUUUGCUAAGGCACUUUCAAAGAGCUCAAAAGAGUGUGAAAAUUCCUUGAAAAUUGAGGCUGCCAGGUUCCAGGAAGUUUAUGAGAAGUUCUCCAAGGAGAGAUCAGCACAUUUGCAGGCAUUCCAAGGAAAGAAAGAGAAGACUAUGAUAUCCGAACACGAGAAAGCUUGUGCAGAUAAAAUUGCUCGCUUGGAGGAGUCCUUAAAGAAGAAGAAGCAGGAUGACAAAACUUUCAACAUUUUGAGGAAAACUUUGGGUUCAUUCCUGGGGAAUGGUUCUGAUGAGGACUUCCCACCUGACGAUUGA